CAUAGCCGCAUAUUCCACGAGUAACAAAGCAAGAUACCAGAGGGAGGGGUUCUCCCUCGGAGACCUCUGAUCCACACACAAGUUCUUUUUUUUCAACUCUGAUCAACAUUUUAACAUGUUGGUUUAAACUAUCAAAUCCAACUUACAGGUGAUCACAAAAUUUUUACCUCCUGCAAUCUUCGAAACUACAAUAUCCUUAUCCUAAAUCUCAUCCGAACAUUGCCUACACCAUUCAUUUAUUCUCCUCUCCUCCCCUCUUUACCAAACAAAACAAGCCCACAUAUCUUCAUCUUUGCUUCUUUCAUCUCUUUCUUUACUCUCCCAUUGCCACAAGUCUUGCACAGACCAUAGCUCUAAUGGCUUGCUCAAAUUUAACCAUGUUGGUCUCUUCAAAACCUUCUCUUUCCGACACUUCUCCACUCUCCUUCAGUUCAUGUCUCAACCCUUUUCAGCUUUCCAACCACAGCUCCACCGUUUCAACCCCCUCUAGAUCAUCUUCUGUCACUCCAGUUCACUGCAAUCUUCGCGAGCUUCGUGAUCGUAUAAGCUCAGUAACCAACACACAGAAAAUUACUGAGGCCAUGAAGCUUGUGGCUGCUGCUAAAGUCAGAAGAGCACAAGAAGCUGUGGUUAAUGCAAGGCCAUUCUCUGAAACACUUGUGGAAGUUCUUUACAGCAUCAAUGAGCAGCUUCAGACAGAAGAUGUUGAUGCUCCACUUACAAAUGUUAGGCCUGUUAAGAAAGUUGCUUUAGUUGUUGUCACUGGAGACAGAGGUCUAUGUGGUGGUUUCAACAAUCAAAUCAUCAAGAAAGCUGAGCAGAGAAUUAAAGAAUUGAAAUCUUUGAAUCUUGAGUACACUGUCAUUAGUGUUGGCAAGAAGGGAAAUUCGUAUUUUCUGCGAAGGCCUUAUAUACCAGUAGACAAAUUUCUUGAAGGGGGUAAUCUUCCAACCGCAAAAGAAGCACAAGCAAUUGCAGAUGAUGUGUUUUCACUUUUUGUGAGUGAGGAAGUUGAUAAAGUAGAGCUUUUGUACACGAAAUUCGUGUCGUUGGUAAAGUCUAGUCCGGUGAUCCACACACUACUCCCAUUAUCACCAAAGGGAGAAAUUUGUGACAUAAAUGGAACAUGUGUCGAUGCAGCAGACGAUGAAUUCUUCAGGCUAACAACAAAAGAAGGGAAAUUGACAGUGGAACGCGACGUGGUCAGGACUGAAACCAUCGAUUUCUCACCUGUUCUGCAAUUCGAGCAAGACCCUGUUCAGAUUCUUGAUGCAUUGCUGCCACUUUACCUCAACAGUCAAAUAUUGAGAUCAUUGCAAGAAUCACUGGCUAGUGAGCUUGCUGCAAGAAUGACAGCAAUGAGCAGUGCCACAGACAAUGCCAAGGAGCUGAAGAAGAAUUACACUCAGGUGUACAAUCGGAAGCGCCAGGCCAAGAUUACUGGAGAGAUUUUGGAGAUUGUUGCUGGAGCAGAUGCAUUAAUAUAACAAGUAUAAUUUCUUUCGAUGCUCGUUCAGUUCUGCUUAUAUAUAAAAUUGUGAAACUUGAUCAGAGUCAGUGGUUUCUAAUUGUGCACAACUUUUGUAUGAUGAGAACCGAAUGUAUGUAUUUCUGAACAUAGAGACCAUUUCAAUCUCCCUUCAUAUACUCUGUCAAAUUUUAUCAUCAUAUAAUUGUAAUAAUUCUUUUUUGCGCAAUAUAGUAAGUACAUUCCACUUUA